CAACACUGCAAAUUCCACCUCCCCCAACUUCCAAACCCCCCUCCCUCUCUCUCUCCCCUACAUAUAACUUUCUCUCUCUAAGAUGGAGAGCAGUGGCAGUGACACAACCACCACCACCACCACCAUUAGUUCGUCAUCCCCUCAGUACUCUGUUUCACCUACAUCUUCAUCUUCUCCACCACCACCACCUCCUCCAUCACAAGUUGUUGUCAGCCCUUGUGCAGCAUGUAAGAUCCUCAGGCGGAGGUGCGCCGAGAAAUGCGUGUUGGCUCCCUACUUCCCGCCCACCGAUCCCCUCAAGUUUACCACCGCUCACCGCGUUUUCGGUGCCAGCAACAUUAUCAAAUUCUUGCAGGAACUCCCUGAGUCCCAAAGGGCAGAUGCAGUGAGUAGCAUGGUCUAUGAGGCCAAUGCCAGGCUCAGAGACCCUGUCUAUGGAUGUGCAGGAGCAAUUUGUCAGCUCCAAAAGCAAGUCAAUGAGCUCCAAGCACAACUAGCAAAGGCACAAGCAGAGCUAGUCAACAUGCAAUGCCAACAGGCCAACCUGGUGGCCUUGAUUUACAUGGAAAUGGCACAAUCUCCACAAGCAUCAACGUUGUCAUCGCAACAAUCUUUUGACAACUUCAUGAUCAGUAGUCCUCAGAGUUUCCAGAAUAGUAAUCCCAGUUUUUUCAUAGAUGAGAACAACAAUUUGGGCUCAUUUUGCGAAACUCUUUGGACAUGAUAGUCAUCAAUUAACUUCUAUAAUAACUUAGCUUCAGUUUAAUUGGAAAAUCAAAUUUCCAGUCCUGUUCUCCUAACUCCAAGCUAAUUGCAGUGAAGAGAGGGAGGUGAUGAAGAGAAUGUAUGAAUAAAGUUGAUGAUGUAUUUGCCUAGGUAGUAAAUGCAAUUACUAUUGUAUUAACAAAAGGGUUAAAUGAUGAGGCAAGUUGGAUUCUAAUGUCCUUUGAUAAUGCAAAAGAAAGUUUGAUGGCUA